UGUAUGAAUAAAUUUUAUGUAAAAAAAAAUAAUUUAUUUUGUCAUAAAAUGCGUUUUUUACAUAUUUUGAAAUAUAUGUUAUAAAACUGUGUAAAAAUACGGAACGUUAAAGAACAGCAGCGCUGUUAACCAAACAGCUGAUUGCGAGCCACUGCAAUACCAGACGAAGAAAUAGAAGAAGAAAGAAAACAACGCAAUUGGCGAAAAUUGAAGAGAACGCUUACAAAUGCUUGAACUGGCUGCGAUAAAGAUUUGAAACAAAUAUGUCGCUUGUAGAUCAUGACUCAUGGGACAUCGAGUUUGAAGGGUGCGAACGUCUGCGACAUCAGCUGCUUGGUCUGCUGCACAAGCGCAGGCAGCUGGGCGGCGCCAUCGCCUCUCCGGAAUAUGCAAAGCUAACGAACAGCAUUGAUGUGAGCCGUGAGCAGCUGGUCAAGGAUGUAAAACAUCUCAAGGUCAUUCUGGAUAAUGCCAUAACCUGGGAGUCCUGUUCAGAGCAUGAGUUGCAGCAGCGUCGCAUAAACUUCGACAAGCUCAACUCAGACUUACGUAGCAUAGAUGCCACGAUCAACAGCGCACACCCCUCAUCAAGCUCCACCUCAGUCUGGCAGCAAAUGGGCACAACAGCCGCUGCUGCUGCUCCGCCCUCAGAUAUUGUCAGCUUAAAAUUAACCCAGGCCACGAUACUCGAGGAACAGGAUCGGGGACUGGAGGCGCUGUCGGCGACCCUUUCGCGACAGCGCCAGCUGGCCACCCAGGUCUACGAAGAGGUGGACGAUCAGCAUAAUAUACUUGACAAUCUGGCCAACACAAUGGAUCGCGUGGAAGCGGGCGUGCAGCGUGAAACGCGCACCAUUGGCCAGGUGACCAGAAAGGAUAGCACCUGGGGCUAUUGGCUGGUCAUAGUACUGCUCUUUGUGGCCAUUCUUAUUGUGGUGCUUGUCUAAGCGACAGGUUACAACUAUGUUGCGAAUAGGAGCUAGAUAUAUCUGUAUAUAUGCACAUAUAUAUAUAUGUGUUUAUAUUUGUAUAUAUGCAAGAUAUAUCUAUAACCCAUUGUGUAUGCCUGUAAAGCAUUUGCUAAGAUGUUUGUUGAAUGUAUGCAUAUGUGUAUACUUUAUAUAUAUAUUUUAAAUAAUGUUAAAAUGCCCAUGCAGCAUUCAUUAUAUAUAUAUUAUUCCUAUGUAUAUGUAUAUAUAUUUAUAAAUUUAUACAUUUAUGUCAAUUUGGUUUAGCUUUAACUCUUAUUGAAUCUAUCAAGUAUAUACUGAUAUGUAUAUAUUUAUCUAUAUGGCUGAUCUGUAACAACAUUCAAGUAUAUAUAGUCUUCGUCUGUCUGUUAUUUAGAGUCGCAAUGUAAUUUUCACCAGUCAGUCAAGUUCUAAAACGAUAAUCUAAAUCGAUCUCUAUCGACAUCAUAUUUAAAUCUAUAGAAUGAUUUUAUUUUCUUUAUACAUAUUUUUUAACUUGAACAUUUUACUUAAUCUCUCACCAAAAAGUUACAUCAAGUGCCUAAAAUACAUUAAAUAAAAUAUAUAUUAAUAUUAUAUAUGCUGUAUAUAGAAACCAUCAGUUGAAAAUAGCAUUUUCCCGAUUUUCGAAAAUAUUUCGUAAUAAACUUUUACUACAAUGUAUUGAAAUAUAUAUAAUAAAUUAAAAUAUGUAUAAUA